AUGUUCGGAAUCCAGGAGCUUCUCCCGAUCGGUGUGAAGGAACGAACUUUUGGAGAAGAAAUGGAUUCAGUCCGUCCGUGGGUGCGCAACGUCGGAGUUGUGGAUGCAAACGUAGCUGCACAGAGUGGACUUGCACUUUCCCGAGCUCACUUCGAGAAACAACCUCCAUCCAACCUGCGAAAGUCAAACUUCUUCCACUUCGUCCUGGCUCUGUAUGAUCGGCAUGGACAGCCGGUGGAGAUCGAACGCACAGCCUUCAUCGACUUUGUGGAGCAUGAGAAGGAACAGACGGGGGAAAAGACCAACAACGGGACGCAUUACAAACUCCAGCUUCUCUACAGCAAUGGUGUACGAACAGAACAAGACCUGUACACCCGUCUGAUAGACUCGGUCACCAAACAGCCUAUAUCGUACGAGGGGCAGAACAAGAAUCCAGAAAUGUGCCGUGUACUGCUCACCCAUGAGGUUAUGUGCAGUCGGUGCUGUGAGAAGAAGAGCUGUGGGAACCGAAACGAGACGCCGUCAGACCCCGUCAUCAUCGACAGAUUCUUCUUGAAGUUCUUUUUGAAGUGCAACCAAAACUGUCUGAAGACGGCCGGGAAUCCCAGAGACAUGAGAAGAUUUCAGGUGGUCCUCUCAAGCACGGUCAGCGUGGACGGGUCCAUCCUCGCCGUGUCCGAUAACAUGUUCGUCCACAACAACUCCAAGCACGGCCGCCGAGCACGGAGAUUGGAACCCGGGGAGACGCUGGAGAACACCAUGGAAUACGCCACGCCGUGUAUCAAAGCCAUCAGUCCGAGUGAGGGCUGGACGUCAGGAGGCGCCAUGGUCAUCAUAAUCGGCGAGAACUUCUUCGACGGUCUGCAGGUCGUGUUCGGGAGCAUGCUGGUGUGGAGCGAGUUAAUAACUCCUCACGCAAUCCGGGUUCAGACGCCCCCCAGACACAUUCCGGGUGUGGUAGAAGUCACACUCUCCUACAAAUCCAAACAGUUCUGCAAGGGAGCACCGGGUCGAUUCAUAUACACAGCGCUGAACGAGCCGACCAUAGACUACGGCUUCCAGAGGUUACAGAAGGUCAUCCCCAGACAUCCCGGGGACCCCGAUAAACUGGCGAAGGAGAUGCUUCUGAAAAGAGCAGCAGACCUGGUGGAGGCCGUGUACGGAAAUACUCACAGCAAUCAGGACAUGUUGCUGAAGAGGGCGGCGGACAUCGCCGAGGCUUUGUACAGCGUGCCGCGACCCCACAGUCAGCUCCAGGCUCUGCCCAGCUCCCCGGUCCACGGCAGCGUCAUGGGACUGAGCUCCUACCCGUCCCACAUGAGCAUCGGGGACCCCGGACAAUCCGCCGGCCAAGAACUGGUUUCUUUUACAGGUUACAUGCGUAACUCUAGCAGUUUGUCUCCACGGAGUUACCCGUCGGCUUCCACCCCUCAGCAGUCCGGCUACGGUCCCGGACCAGGCAUGAGCGGAGGGUAUGGGGCCGUGCCGAUGAGCAGUCUGGGCGUCCCGGGUUCCCCUGGCUUCAGUAGUGCCUCUCCGAACAGCUCUUCAUACGGUAGCUUAUUUCCAGUUAUGCCACCUAGUCCCACUAUACCAGGCUCCAGUGCUUCUUCUUCCUUGCUUCCCUUCUCAACUUUUCCCUCAGCGGCCAAACAGAAGAGCGCUUUUGCGCCUGUCCUGAGACCCCAAGGCUCACCGUCGCCCAUCUGUCCGUCCUCCGGAAGCAACGGAUUUAGAGCAAUGACCGGCCUGGUCGUCCCGCCGAUGUAGACGCUUCAUACUCGCUUAGGCUAGCGACGUCUGCACCUCGUGACGGAUCAAAACAAG